AAAUACUAACGUCAAAAAUUUGGGUUAUGUUGCUUUUCUAAUGUAGGAUUUUUGUAUUAAAUAGUAAAUAUGAGUGUUUAUAGCCUUAUUAAUAAUGUAGCACGGUUGUCCCUACAGACAUCAUUUUCCAAUACUAUAUCUAGAAAUGUUUCUACAAGUACGAGUUUGUUAUUCAGAGCAACGCCAUGUCUCAUGGCAGAGCCCCUAAAGAAGAAAAAACGUCUGGACCCUGCCAUAGUCCGUUCCAGAGAAGAACGUAAAAAAAAGAAAAUUGAGAAACAAAUUCGUAGACUGGAAAAAAAUGCUAGGCAACUGAAACCUAUUCAAGAAUGUGAAGUUUCACUUGCUAUUUUGGAUGAUAGAUCAAAAAGGGAAAGGAAUUUGCCGGCUUUAUCAGGUGAAAUUGUAGAAAAACGUAUAUUAUUAGAGAAAAAGUGGGCUUUAUUCAAAAGAGAACAACAUUUAAAAGAUAUACAAUUAAUUGAUAGGAUUGGAUAUUCACAACAAAGAGCUAUGGAUGAAUUAAGAAAUGAAUCGGAAGAAUUAUAUCAAGAGGCUUUACAGAUUGAUUUCCAACUUUUACCAUUCUCAAGUCAAGGCCCAGUAGAAACUCCACCAAUUAAAGAUUACCAACCACCAGAUGGAGAUUAUCAGGAUAUUUCUAAAGUUUGGCAAUAAUUUAAACUUCUCCAAUAAAGUUUUC